AUGGACUUCAGUUCUCCGCUCUCUUUCAAGUAUACCAAACCCGGCCAGGAAAUCAAGCCUGGGACGACCCUACGCAUCCUCGGUGUUGGGGACUCGAUUACAGUUGGAUUUCUCAGUGACAUAGAUGGGGGAGACGGCAAUGGAUACAGACUCAAGCUCCGAGAUAACUUAUCAAAAGACCGGGUCGUUUUUUCGGGAACGGAGACUAUGAACGGCACGAUGCCUGGUAAUUAUUUCGCAGCUUGGUCGGGCAUGACCAUCAAGUUCAUCUCUGACCAUGUUGGACCGUCGCUCCAGCAAAGGCCUAACAUAGUACUUAUUCACGCCGGUACAAAUGACAUGCAUCCCAAUCUAGACGUAGCCAAGGAAGGCAACGACCCAAAAGAGGCGGCAGAUCGCCUUGGCAAGCUCAUUGACAAGAUCGUUGAGGAUUGUCCAGAUGCUACUAUUCUUGUCGGGAUGAUCAUUGGCUGUCACGAUGAGAUCCAAAUGAGAAAUAUUGCUCAGUUUCGGUCCCUGAUUCCAGGCAUCGUCCAGACGCGGAGCGAUGCCGGAAACCACGUUCUUGCCGUCGACUUCUCAACAUUUCCCAUGGAUGCUCUGAGAGAUGGACUCCAUCCGACGAAUCCAGGUUACCGGAUGAUGGGGGAUUACUGGUACGAUUUUAUCGCGCAGAUACCCACUGGCUGGAUCCAGCAACCGAUCGGUGAUGACCCCCGUCGCUCCGGUGAGCUGCGUCGCACGAAGCCUAUUGAAGUUGUGUCAGCGAGCUGGGGCCAGCGACUUCUUGGUUUGGUAUUCGGCAAGACAGCAUAG